AUAUCCGAACCGGCUUACUCCCUGCCUUAUUGCUUGGUCGUGACGGUGGGACGCCAGGCGUCGUACGCACCAAUGGCUUUCGCUAAUCUCUGCUCUUCUUCCGUGGCUCUUUCUCGUUCUCCAGCGUGUGGCGGUUUGCAGUGUGUAAAUCAAUUCCCCGCAAAUUGGUCUCCUUCUGAUUUGACAAAAAAGCUCUGCUUGAGUGUGAAGGGGGUUCAUAGAGCUAGAGCUGCGUUGCUAUCUGGUGAAGGUGGUCUCUUAUCUUAUCCUAACGACAAUGGAGUUGCUGGCCAGGGUACCCUUAUCGACAAACUUGAGGACCAGCGAACUGGUGAUAUAGAUUUUGGAACACUUGCAGCGGGAAUGACUCCUAUAACUACUGGUUUCUUUGCUGACAAUAAUGAAUACGACCUGGAUUGUCCUACAGAUGGAUUUGCUUCCAUUCCAGAAGCUAUUGAAGAUAUUCGUCAAGGGAAGUUAGUGAUUGUUGUAGAUGAUGAAGACAGAGAAAAUGAGGGAGAUCUAAUUAUGGCGGCAUCAUUGGUAAAGCCUGAAGCCAUGGCAUUCAUUGUCAAGCAUGGAACUGGAAUAGUGUGUGUGAGCAUGAAAGGUGAAGACUUGGACAGGUUGGAACUCCCGUUAAUGGUGACCCAAAAGGAGAAUGAGGAAAAACUUUGCACAGCAUUUACUGUCACAGUUGAUGCAAAGCAUGCUACAACAACUGGUGUGUCUGCUUGUGAUAGGGCAACAACGGUGUUGGCAUUGGCAUCUAGAGAUUCAAAACCUGAGGAUUUCAAUCGUCCAGGUCAUAUUUUCCCCCUGAAAUACAGGGAGGGAGGGGUUCUAAAAAGAGCUGGACACACUGAAGCAUCUGUUGAUCUUGCUGUAUUGGCUGGAUUAGACCCUGUUGCUGUUCUAUGUGAGAUUGUUGAUGAUGAUGGUUCAAUGGCAAGGUUGCCAAAACUUCGUGAAUUUGCAAAGGAAGAAAACUUGAAGAUUAUUUCAAUUGCUGAUUUAAUUAGAUAUAGGAGGAAAAGAGAUAAGUUAGUGGACUUGACUUCUGCUGCACCAAUACCCACAAUGUGGGGGCCAUUUAAAGCCUACUGUUAUAAGUCGUUGUUGGAUGGUACUGAGCAUAUUGCAAUGGUCAAAGGUGAAAUUGGUCAUGGUCAAGAUAUUCUUGUGAGGGUUCAUUCUGAGUGCCUCUCUGGUGACAUAUUUGGAUCAGCCAGGUGUGAAUGUGGAAACCAGUUGGCACUGGCAAUGAAGCAAAUUGAGGCAGCUGGAAGAGGGGUACUAGUAUAUCUCCGUGGACAAGAAGGUAGAGGUAUUGGCUUGGGGCACAAGCUCCGUGCUUACAACCUUCCUGAUGAUGGACGUGACACUGUGGAAGCCAAUGAGAAGCUGGCAUUAGCUGUUGAUUCUCGGGAGUAUGGAAUUGGUGCCCAGAUACUCCGGGAUCUGGGUGUUUCUACAAUGAAGCUGAUGACAAACAAUCCUGCAAAGUAUGGUGGGCUUAAAGGAUAUGGUUUGACUAUAGCCGGAAGGGUCCCAUUAUUAAGACUGAAUGACAGGGAAGAAGAGUAGAGAACUGGAGAUUAAGGGUGAAAAUUGGGACCUAUCUAUGGUUCAGAUAUUGAUUCAGCACCAAUGCCUCUUCCAUUGACAACUCUGAGGGAUAAAAAGGUGCUGAUCCUUUGACCAAGUUAAGGACUUUGGUAUUUUAGAAUGAGAAGUACAAGGAAUAGGCUUAUUGCUGAAAUUUUACGAUCCUCUAAAUCUAUUUCAUACUCUUUUCUUGUGAAAAAUUGUACAUAAUUCGAGAAAUAGAUCGGUUAUAUAUAGAGCUAUCUUCUUGUGGUGAGAUCUAGGGAAAUGAUAUGAAAAACCAAGCAUUUGAAUUGCUUACUCUAUACCAUUAUUCCUGUAAAUGAGUGGCUACUUCAAAUUUAAUGAAUCCAAGUGUCACAUUGAGACCCAAUGAAGCCUUGAAAGCCUUAUUUAAUUCCUGCAAGAUGUAUAGUUGGAUUCUUAGAGCACGUACAAGACUAUGGACUGCAAUACAACCACAAGGAAGAA